UUGACUGGCAUGGCGGCGGGCGAUUUAGUUGUCUGUGGCGCGGGCGCUUGUGAGGAUCGGGCGCGCGUGGCUGCGGUGCUCUCCGCCCCGCGCCGGUCGUGGCUACCACAGUGCUUGCUGGGGGCUGCUGUCCGCACCUCCGUGCACACGAUUCACUGCUCAGCCCGAUCCUAGGUCGGCUGGAAUCCACCCUGCGGUGGACGAGCUGCUUGGAAGUUAUUGAGCCUGUAGCUUUGUUUUCUUGUCUGCAAAGAUAAUAAUAAUAAUAAUGAUAACAACAAUAAUAAUGACAGCAAUAACAACAACAAUAAUGACAGUAAUAAUAAUAGCAACAAAAAUAAUAAUGAUAAUGCCUACUUCACAAGGUUGCUGGACGUGCCUGGUCGUCAGCACAUAGUAUUUGUCUUUAACUCCCCAGGUUAUACAGAUCCUGGGCCUUCCCCGCGCGUAUACUCAGACCUAAGUGGGAAAUCCCCAUCAAAGACCUCAAUUCAGGGCUUCUGGAACCCUAUGGAAGAGAAGACAGAAAGAUUCUAAGAGCCAGUGGGGAUGGAAGAUACCUAGGACUAGGUGGAGACAAAGUAGCACGGCUUGGUGCUCAGAGUCUCUUGUUCCCAGCGUUUUGCCUUUAGAAAGAUACCCCGUACGGGUAACUGCACAGUACGUCUGCCAGAAAUCACGAUUCAUUUUAUAAGCUCGGAUUUAUUUGUGAUGAAUUUCCAGUCUCUCCACCCGUACCCAACAGAACAGAAACUGUCCCUGUCGUAUUGUCUUGUUUUUAUUAGGUACUCAAAAUUAGAGUGCAUAUAACCUGUAUGACAGUAGGCUAGCUUUCAGGUCUGUGCUGUUACAUGACACAGAUUGACAUUAUGUCAGGACAAGGUUUUUAAAGUUAACACAAACAAGGUUUUCAUUGUGACAUUUUCAGUCAUAUAUAUGUGUGUGUGUGUAUGUAUAUAUACACGCAUAUAUAUGUAUAUCAUUGUACCUUGCCAUUGACAUAUAAGUAACUGUCCCCAUUAUCCUCUCUCCUCUUGGUCUUUCCUCUCAACACAGCACACACACUCGCAUACAAACAAGAUUCUGCAUCUGAGAGAAAACAUGAUGGUUCUGAGUCAUUAUUAGUUUACAGUUGAAUAAAGCUCUGUGUGUAUGUACACCACAGUGUAUCCAUUCCAAUGUUGGUGGACAUCAAGCUAAGUUCAAGAAAGACUACAAGGAUGGCACGGCAAGUAAAGGCGCUUGUCGCCAAGCCUGACGCUUGUGCUUGGUCUCUGGGUCCCACGUGGUGCAGGAGCGAGCAGAUUCCCACGUGGGUCACGUGGGUCACAGACCGCCUUCCCGUCAGGCGGCUGCUCCGCUCCCACUCUUCUUGCUUGCACGGGCCCAGUGGCUCGAUGCUUUUGCCCUCAGUUCAGAUUCCUAGUUUACUUUCCCCUGUAUUUAUUCCUUCAGAUGCUCAUACAUAGGCUGACACGUCUUUGCCUCAGUUGGUUUCUACAACUCAAAGGCCACCUGGGAGACCCUGGAGACCAGGGCGUCAUUAUUGUCUACCUUCUGGCUUUGUGCAUGUGUCUACAGUCACUCACCGACCUUGCCUGUUUUUGCGAGGCUGGCUUGACAGUGACAGCCAGCUUCUGGGAUUUGUCAUCACCUUCCAGUGCUGUGGUUGCGCCUGUCUUUUCCAUGGGUGCUGGGAAUCUGAACAGCAAGCACUCUACCCACUGAAGCCAUCUCCCUGGCCUUUGCAAGCUAGUUGAUACAAGUCACCGUUGAAGACAACUUAGAAUGCCUGAGGAAGAAAGGCAGGCGGGCCCUGUUCUUCCUACGAGUCUGGAAUCCGACAGUUCAAAGAGGAGCAGUUGGGGGUUCUUGGUUACUGGGGUUGUUGGUGGUGCACUGCUGACAGUGUAUGCUGUGGCCACACCAUUCAUCACCCCAGCCCUCCGGAAAGUUUGUUUGCCAUUCGUGCCUGCAACUUCGAAGCAGGUUGAAAAUGUUGUCAAGAUGCUGCGACACAGAAGAGGACCUCUGGUGGACAUCGGCAGUGGCGAUGGACGGAUCGUGAUUGCAGCUGCAAAGGAAGGCUUCCCAGCGGUGGGGUAUGAACUGAAUCCGUGGCUGGUUUGGUACUCCAGAUAUCGUGCCUGGAGGGCAGGCGUGCAUGGCUCUGCAAAGUUUUAUAUUUCAGAUCUAUGGAAGGUCACCUUUGCACAGUACUCCAAUGUCGUCAUUUUUGGUGUGCCCCAGAUGAUGCCACAGCUGGAGAAGAAGCUUGAGCUGGAACUUGAGGACGGAGCUCGAGUCAUUGCCUGUCGGUUCCCGUUCCCACGCUGGACCCCAGACCACACCACUGGAGAGGGCAUCGACACCGUGUGGGCCUAUGACAUGAGUGCUCGGAGAGGACGGGGAGGGCGGCUGAAUCGGGAGAAGAACCUCUCGGAGACAGUGGGACUGCCGGCCUCCUCAUCUGAGACACAGAGCAAGCUCCUUGACGUUGAGUGACAAGUCACCACUGCUCGUCUUCCGUUCUUGAGAAAAUGAACAGAACUCAGAGAGCCUUUUAAGUUUAAACUCUGCUGCUUUUUGAAGGGCAGUUUCACACGGCCUGGGGUGGCCUUGCAUUUGCUGAGCAUGAUGACCGGGAACUUCUGAUCCUUCCACUUCUACCUCCCCAGUAAAAGGUGCUCCUAGUGGGACAUCCUGGAUAGGGUGCAUGAAGAUAUAAGUACGAGACAGUCUGUCUGUGGGUCAGAAGGUGUCGUCUCAGCAGCAUGGUUUAAUGGCUCGGGUGAAGAGGACAGGGCACUUAGGCAAAUACCUGCAGUUUCCUGUGGUUUUGUUCAUGACUGAAUUUCUGUUGUUUGUAGCUAAAUUAAAUUUCUAAAGAGAGUGCCAUUUAGAUUUUA